UACCAGGGUCUGCACAAUGCCAUGCGCAAUGCGGCACACAAUGUGCAUGUGGGUGGAACUAUACCACAGACUUUGUUGUGCCCUGUUGGGUGAUGAGAUGGAUGCGCCAACUGCAAGUCAAUAAAAUGGGUGAUGUGGUGAAAGGACUGAGCUCAGUAAAGGGAUAACCCAGAGCAAAGUCAUGAGGGUAUUUCUAGACACCAGCCUUCUCUUGCUCAUGUUGUUCUCCUGCUUUUCUUCAGCUGUCUCUUCCUCUCUUUAUUCCUCAUCUUGUCAGUUACAGGGACAGUUUCAUCUAAAUGGGAUGCACAAAACUGGAGAUGUGAUUCUAGGUGGGAUUUUCCAAAUCCAUUUCUUCUCUGUCGAGCCUGACCUGUCUUUUACCUCAGAGCCAGAGCAGCCGACCUGCUAUGGUUUUGAUGUUAUAGGAUUGAGACAGGCUCAGACCAUGGCUUUUGCUAUUGAUGAGAUCAACAGAAACUCCAACCUGCUGCCUAAUGUGACUCUGGGAUACAGUCUGUAUGAUAACUGCAUCCAACUAGGAAUUGGAUUUCGUGCAGCACUGUCCUUAGUCAGUGGUCAAGAAGAGGAAGUUACAUUAGAGGAGAACUGUGUAGGAACUCCUCCAGUCCUAGGGAUUGUGGGUGAUUCUUCUUCUACACGUUGUAUUGCCAUAUCCACAGUGUUAGGUUUGUACAGAGUGUCUCUGGUGAGUUAUUUUGCCACAUGUUCCUGCCUGAGUGAUCGACAAAAGUUCCCAUCUUUCUUUAGGACGAUCCCGAGUGAUGCUUUUCAGGUGAAUGCUAUGAUUCAGAUUCUAAAACACUUUGGUUGGACUUGGACAGGUCUGCUCAUAAGUGAUGAUGAUUAUGGAGUCCACGCUGCCCGAUCCUUUCACUCUGAUCUGGGUCCAGCUGGUGGAGGUUGUCUGGCUUACACAGAGACUUUGCCUCAGGGUGACGACCCUGCUGAACUAAGGAGAAUAGUGGAUGUGGUGAGGAAAUCUACAGCUCGAGUGGUGAUUGUGUUUGCACUUCAAAACCACAUGAUCCAACUAAUGGAAGAGGUGGUCAGGCAAAAUGUGACUGGCCUGCAGUGGAUUGCCAGUGAAGCCUGGACAUCAGCUGCUGUGCUCCAGUCUCCUCACCUCAUGCCGUACCUGGGUGGAACACUGGGCAUCGCUGUCCGUCGAGGAGAAAUACCAGGACUAAGAGACUUCCUGUUACAAAUACGUCCUGACCUAGAUCACAGCAAAACAGAUGGAAAUAGCAUGGUGAAUCAAUUUUGGGAACACACAUUUCAGUGUAGAUUUGCACCACCUCCAGCAGGUUGGGCGGAAGCUGGAGGACAAUUAUGCACUGGACAGGAAGUUCUAGGAAACGUGGAGAAUGAAUUGGUAGAUGUUUCAGACCUCAGGUCAGAGUAUAAUGUGUAUAAGGCUGUGUACGCUCUGGCAUAUGCUCUUGAUGACAUUCUGCAGUGUGAGCCAGGGAGAGGACCUUUCAGCAACAACACCUGUGCUCAUUUACAAAGACUGGAGCCAUGGCAGCUUGUGUAUUAUUUGGAGAAAGUCAACUUCACGACAACAUUUGGUGAUCAAGUGUCAUUUGAUGAGAAUGGUGAUGCCUUACCAAUAUAUGACAUCAUGAACUGGGAGUGGCUCCCUGAUGGAAGAACUAAAGUUCAGAGAGUGGGUGAGGUUAAGAGGUCAGCCUUCAAAGGUGAAGAACUCACACUGGAUGAAGACAAAAUCUUCUGGAACUUUCUGUCCAAACAGCCUCCUCGGUCAGUGUGCAGUGAGAGUUGUCCUCCAGGUACCCGCAUGGCCAGAAAGAAGGGGGAACCUGAGUGUUGUUUUGACUGUGUCCCUUGUUCUGAGGGAAAGAUCAGCAAUACAACUGACUCCAUGGAAUGCAUCAGUUGUCCAGAAGAUUUCUCGUCCAGCCCCCAGCGUGACCACUGUGUUCCUAAGAAAACAGAGUUCCUCUCCUACCAUGAGCCUCUGGGUAUCUGCUUGACAUCUAUCUCACUGUUGGGCACAUUUAUCUGUGUUGCUGUUCUGGGGAUCUUCAUCCAUCAUCACAGCACACCUAUAGUUCGUGCCAAUAAUUCAGAACUCAGUUUUCUUCUCUUGGUGUCACUCAAAUUGUGUUUCUUGUGUUCGUUGCUCUUCAUUGGACGACCCAAAUUAUGGACUUGCCAACUAAGACAUGCAGCAUUUGGCAUCAGUUUUGUGCUUUGUGUCUCAUGUAUCCUGGUGAAAACCAUGGUGGUUCUGGCUGUGUUCAGGGCCUCCAAACCAGGAGGUGAGUCCAGUCUGAAGUGGUUUGGUGCUGUGCAGCAGAGAGGGACAGUUCUGAUUCUGACUUUUGUUCAAGCAGCAAUCUGCACUGCCUGGCUUGUCUCUGCUUCACCAGUGCCUCAUAAAAACACCCAGUAUCAAAGUGACAAGAUAGUUUAUGAAUGUGUAGUUGGGUCCACAGUUGGUUUUGCAGUUUUACUUGGUUAUAUUGGUUUACUGGCUGUCCUCAGUUGUUUGUUAGCUUUUCUAGCAAGGAAUCUUCCAGACAGUUUCAAUGAGGCCAAACUCAUCACUUUCAGCAUGCUGAUCUUCUGUGCGGUGUGGGUGGCCUUUGUCCCUGCUUACAUCAGCUCACCAGGCAAAUAUGCAGAUGCAGUGGAGGUAUUUGCCAUCUUGGCCUCCAGUUUUGGCCUCUUGGUGGCACUGUUUGGACCCAAAUGUUACAUAAUCCUGUUAAGACCAGAGAGAAACACAAAGAAAGCCAUCAUGGGUAGAGGCACCACAAAUUAAAACCGUGAACACUGUCUGUCUGAUCGUCUGUAUUUUUGAAGUGAGUCAUAAUUAACAGAUCACAAUACAGGCAAUAAUGAUGGGUUUAUGAAAAUACAUCUGAUAUUCUAUAAUCUAUCCUAGGCUAGUACGUUUAGAAGCAUGGCUCCGGACCAUAGAGGCUAAGUCGAUAGCUGUAGCGACUAGCCAUCUACUGUAGCCAGUCCCGCACUGGCUAUAAAUCCCCUCCUUUACUUCAAUCAGCUCAUUUUUAUUUACAAAUAAAAAACAUAAAACUAUUUAGUAUAAACACAAAAUUGUCCAAGUUUUGAAUGAAAAGGAGCAGUAAGAAGAAUAAUCUUAUUUACUCUGCCCCUUUAUUCCAAUUAAGCAAUAUACGUAGUAUAUAAAACAAAAUUACAAUAAUUCAGUUUUUUGCUGUUCACGGCAAGAAGAAUCGUCCUAAAUAGAAGACACCAGUUCACCAUGACAGUUCGCCAGUCCAUCGCAGGGCAACAUAUAGAGACCAUUCAACAACCAUUCACUCUCACACCUAUGGUCAAUUUAGAAUGACCAAUUCACCUAAUCCCCAUAUUGCAUGUUUUUGGACUAUGGGAGGAAGCCGGAGAACCUGGAGAAAACCCACCCAUACACGGGGAGAACAUGCAAACUUUAUGCAGAAAGGCUUUUGUUCCAACUAGGGCCCGAACCCGGGUCUUCAUUCUUCAAAGGCAAGAGUGUUAACCACUACACCAACUGUGUGGCCCAUAAGCAUAAAUAUGGUCGGUAAAUGUCGGUGUGUGCUUAGGUAAAGACAAUGUCAUCCUCUGCAAUUUUCUCUGGGUCCCAACCUAAUGUAUCCACUGACGACAUGUAUAGCCGCAUGUUAUCAUUUAGCUGCUGGUUGUUGGUUUCCAGAAAACAAUGUUUCCUUUGUAGAUAACUGGAAUCACUUCUGGGAAAAAGCUGGUCUUAUGAGGAGAGACAUCCAGAGUUGAGACCAGGAAACAGAGAUCCAGUCCUACAUGUUCCUCUGUGCU